CACUGAAAUUUACAUAUUUGUAGUGAAACAAGUCAAAUUAAAUACAAAACAAAUCUCUUUUUUAAUUUAGAUGAAUCAACUGAAGAGUCCGUUUUGACUUUUAUUUCAAUGUAACUGCCAGCGAUGGUGGCUUCGCAGACGUUUUUCCACCGGACUUUUGUAGUUCUUUUCGAGACAUAAUCGUUCUCAGAAAUGCCUGAUAUAUCCGACUCUGAAUUAAAACUGGGGGGGGGGGGGGGAGUGGGAACACUUUUUCCUCUCACUGCUCAUAUCCGGGCUGAGAGGCGUAACCUGAACGCGGCAUAUGACUAUGGAACAUACGCGAGGGGAGCAUAGGAGGGGAGGGAGGGGAAGCUGCAGCUGCGCGCUGAACUACAUUACCCAUAAUUCCUCCCGCGCCAUCAUCAACAGCAACAGCUCCUCGGAUGUUGCGAUAUCGCUGGCAGCCAGAGAUUGCUGUGGUUGCAGAGAUUCGGCUGCUGGCCACAAACACUCGUCCUGUCAUAUCGACAACAUGAGGAAGUUCUUUGAUUCACGUCGGGAGUUGGUCAGCUCUGGGCCCGGUUCUGGAGGAGGAGGUGGCAGCUCUGGAUCCAGUCAUGCAGGCGGAAAUUUCAUUGGACGAGCCUUCACAGUCGGGCGGCAUCAAGUCACUGUGGAGGAGAUAAUUGCUGAAGGUGGUUUUGCAAUUGUGUUCCUUGUGCGAACAAACCAAGGAGUGCGUUGUGCCCUGAAGAGGAUGUAUGUCAACAAUGAGCAUGACCUGCAGGUGUGCAAAUGCGAGAUUCAAAUAAUGAAAGACCUUGUCGGUCACAAGAAUAUUGUUGGUUAUCUGGACUCCAGUAUCACAGCCAUGGGAUCAAGGGACGUAUGGGAGGUUCUCAUACUCAUGGACUACUGCAAGGGAGGCCAGGUGGUCAAUUUGAUGAAUCAAAGGUUGCAGACUGGCUUCACUGAGGCUGAGGUGCUACAGAUCUUCUGUGACACCUGUGAUGCCGUUUCUCGCCUGCACCAGCGCAAGUCGCCCAUCGUCCACAGAGAUCUUAAGGUGGAGAACAUCCUCCUGCACGACAAGGGUCAUUAUGUUCUGUGUGAUUUUGGCAGCGCCACUAACAAGUUCCAGAGCCCACAGACUGAGGGAGUGGCGGCCGUGGAGGAAGAGAUCAAAAAGUACACUACUUUAUCAUAUCGUGCCCCUGAGAUGGUGAACCUCUACAACAACAAGAUUAUCACCACAAAAGCAGAUAUCUGGGCGCUGGGCUGUUUGCUGUACAAGUUGUGCUUCUUCACUCUGCCCUUUGGUGAAAGCCAGGUGGCCAUCUGUGAUGGCAGUUUCACCAUUCCAGAUAACUCCCGCUACUCUUAUGAUCUUCACUGCCUCAUUCGGUACAUGCUUGAACCAGACCCAGACAAAAGACCAGAUAUCUACCAGGUGUCCUUCUUUGCUUUUAAACUAGCUCAGCGGACUUGCCCUGUUCAGAAUGUGAAGAAUUCUCCAAUUCCUUCUAAACUUCCUGAGCCAAUCAAAGCCAGUGAGGCUGCCGCAGCAAAGAAGAGCCAAGCUAAACCGAGACUGACAGAUCCAAUUCCCACCACUGAAACCUCCAUCACCCCUCGCCAGAGGCCCAAAGCAGCCCAUACCCAGCCUGCUGCUGGCAUCCUACCCAUCCAGCCUGCUGCUCUCACCCCUCGCAAGCGAGCUAAUCUCCCUGGUGGUACAGCUCAGCCCGUGGGAGUCAGCUUAAACCUCUCUCAGCCAGCUGCAGCUCUCCAGUCGCAGAAGGCGCAGACUUCAGCUCUGCCACUCAUCCAGUCACAAAAUCCCAGUCAGGCUGCGGCUGCACAGAAGCAGCCUGCACCAGCCACAGGAGCAGAGACUACAGCAGCGACAGCAGUAUCCCCGGUGACCAAGGCUGACGUCCAACCACAAGCACAGCCAACAGUUCAGCAACAGACCACACCUCCCUCUGUGACCAGCGCUGCCUCCCAGCAGGCAGCACAGACUCCAUCCAGCCCGGCCCCACCUCAACGCCCAGCUCGACGCAAGCAGGCCGGCCAGGCUCAGCAGGCUGGCCAGGCUCAGCAGGCUGGCCAGGCUCAGCAGGCUGGCCAGGCUCAGCAGGCUGGCCAGGCUCAGCAGCCAGCGGCCCAGCCUUCACCCAGCAAACCAGCCUCCGGUCAGCUGCCUGUAUCUGAGCAGCAGCAGAUCACUCAGCCGUCAGCCGCUCAGGCUCAGCCUGGCUCCACUGAGAUCAACCAGAAAGCAGCCGAGACGACUCCACCUGCUUCUCCAAAGACAACUGAGGAACAAGGCCACAAACGCAUCCCGAGCGACGCCACAGCAAGCAGCGUCGCUGGAGCUCCAGCAGGUGACUCCUCACAGCAGGCGCAAGGAGCAAAUGGAGACGCUGCCCUCAACCAAUCUCUUACAUCUGAAUCAACCAUCAUCCAACCUGUUCAGGCUGGUGUUGGUGAUGCAGUCCAGGACCAAAGCAAAGCUGGACCAACUGUUCCUGCCUCUGGCUGUGCCACCAACACCCCUACACAGCCUACAUGGAACCCAUUUGAUGACGACAACUUCUCCAACCUCACUGCAGAGGAAUUCAAAACUGACGACAAAAAGCCUAACGAUAAACCUUCAGAAACUGUGACAGCGUCUUGUGAAGAGUUGAUACCAGGCUUGCAGGCCUCAACUGUAGAAAAUUCACUGCAAGAAACCGUUGAAAGACCAUCAGCAAUUCUUGAUGUGGAUUCAGGAGACUCACUGUUGGUUGUCCCAGAUCCUUUCCGUACCCUCGAACUGUCAGAUGCACCAGAGAAGCUGAUUGAAGGACUCAAAUCUCCAGACACAUCCUCACUCAUGCUUCCUGACCUGUUGUCUUUGUCUGAUCCCUUUGGUGGCUCUGUGGAAGAGUCUGCAAAAAACCCUCUCACUGCAGACGACUCUCUCCUGGGCUGCUCUCUGAUCUCCGGUCCGUCCGCCCCUCCAGCAGGGAGCAGCGCCACCUCCUCUGUGUCCUCUGCCCCCACCUCCGCUGCCUCCGCUUUGGAUGAUUUCAGUCUGUUGUCUGGAGACUGUGCACAGCCUAAAGCAGACUCGUCUCUCCUCAUCUCAGACUUCGAGCCCCAACAAGCCAGCGCGGAGGCAGGCACAGAAGAGGAUGAGUUUGAUCCUAUUCCCGUUACAGGACGAAAGAAUUCCCAAGUUUCAGGUGGCCACUCGCGCAGUAACAGUGGCGGCUCUGAAUCCAGCCUGCCCAGCUUGGCCCGCUCCCUGCUGCUGGUGGACCAGCUCAUCGACUUGUAGGCGACCCCCCACCCCCCCUCCCCCUCGUAGAAGCUGUAACACUGGAUUAUAGACUGGCAUAGCAUAACAGCAAUCAACACUGUUGUCAUAGCUAGCUUCCUGCACCCCUUGGCUGUCAUCUUCAUUCUAGCUCCUACAGUAGAAACGUCCUUCGCCUUUCAGCGCUUCCUCAUUCCCGCCCUCUCUCGCCGUAUCCAUCGCAUUAUCUGGCUUCUAUUCACCUCUCAUCUCUCACCCUCUCGCUCACAUUUUCUCUUUGUUGUAACCUCUACACGUCAUGUAUCGUCCAUCGGUUAACAUCCUCCACUAACAUCAUCCUUUCUAAAGAUUAUCAUCUUUCAAUCUGUCAAUCAGGAUAUAAUAUCGCUAUCCAGUUUGUUUGAACAAUAUUGCAUUAUGUCUAAUAGCAAACAAUAGAAGAUCAUUGUUGUAAUGUACAAUAGGCAUAGUUAUAAGUGGUCGUAGUUAUUAUUGUGCACAAGUGAAUUUGUCGUCGUUUGCCUUUUUCAAAUUCUCCUCCCCAGAUUUAUUUGCACAUUUUUACAGUAAAACCAUCAAAAGACUAAAUGACCAUUUAGUUUAUUUCUUCUAUAAAAGGGAAACUUCUUUGAAACUUUGUCACGUAGCCUGAUUUUGCACAGUAGCAUAAAUGUUACCUCUGUCAGGGAAUAUCCUUAACAGUUUAAAGCUGCUAUAGAUUAGAAAAAUGACAUCAAAUUGAGAAAACAAAACAGCCAUAACCGCACCUCCUACUUCUCUUUCUGCUUCUGCUGCUCUCUGUGCAGCACAAGCACCGUAUGAAGUUAUUGUGAACAAGAGAAGAGUUGGAUACUAAAAGUUUCCCUGAGCAGAUUAAACAGUGAAAGUGCCAUGAAAUAAUCUGUGAAGCAAACUGCUUACUGGUGGAGGUCUGAAAGUGUAUCUGCUAAACUCUUAACUGCUACAAAAUAACAAAAUGAAUUAUAUCCAAACCAUUCAGCCAAGGAGAGCGAAACUGUACUUUUAAAAUCAGGACCUGUUGUUCUUCUUUUGCUGUUUUUAUCAGCUUAUUUUUUAAUUUUAUCCUUGAGGCAAGCAAUAGGUUGUUUUGGAGUUAAAUGACAAAUCAGGGUCAUCUAGCAGUGUUUAUAGCAGUGUGCCAUAUCAAUAGAAAAUGCAUGAAAUCAUGAAAUUAAUUUGAAUAAUAAAAGUUAUACACUACUAGCAAAAAUAAUAGAAAUACAGUAGCUAUUAUAUAGAGACCAAACAUGACUAUUCAGGUAAAUUUUUUGGCAUGAACAUUCUAAUAUGGCAUUUAAAAAAUUAUUUUAACUAGCUCACACUUUUUUUUUCCUUUUUAAAAUUAACACAAACAUUCACCCCGCAUUGUGCAAUCCUUCCUACAUUCCUGUCAUCUGUUUACUCCUCAUUUAUGUAAAUAGAUAUCUGCGAUCCCUGCAGGCUCUAAUCCAGACCAUAGAAUUGGUUAUUCUUCCUGUGUAUAUAUGAAGUCAUUGUCAUAAAGCUUUACUUGUGGAAAACAUAUUGCUUUAUUUGUGAAUGUCUAUACAUAUAUAUACAUAUAUAUGUGUGUGUGUGUAUAUAUGUGUAUAUAUAUAUAGACAUUGUUCUCCUGUUAAUAAAUGUUAAUAUGAAUAGAGUGUUAGAGAAUGAAUGUAAGAAAUAAAUAUUAGUCUACUAUAAUAAAAAUAUCUAUGAUUCUUAACACCAUAAUCACUGAAUAAUAAUGAAGAAUAUAUAAAUAUUUCAUUCCUCUUUGUGGAAUUGUGUGUUGAGAAAGGUCCCCCCCCUCCUUGGUUAUAUCUACUUAAUAAUUGUCAGUACAUUCAAAUGUAUAGAUGAUAAUCCUAGUCUUUGUUCAACCUGGAGAUUAGGCUGAAUCCAAUGUCUUAUUCCACCUCCUCUUCCUCUGUGAAAAGAAAGUGUUGCGUGUGUUUACAUGGACUGAUGAAGGAUUAUAUUUUUAUUCAAAACAGUCGACAGUUUUCUGGAAAGUGGGACCUUAACCUGUUGGAUCAUUUUAGUCCCGUUUCAUUUCAUAGUCACUGCAAAACUAGGAACUUUUUCUGAAAUUUUUGCUUUGUAAAGCUUUGUUUCGCUUUACCGGUUUUAGUGAUCACAGAAUUCAUAUCAAAAAGCAUGGCAGUGUUGUUGAAUGUUAUGUUCAUGUGUGUUGGUAUACAGUGUUAUGAUAAGUAUGUAUGUGUGUGUGGAGUCGGAAUUGUUGGAUGUGUUUUACAGUAGCCUACUUGUGUUGUUGUUUGCUGCAAACAUGGCGACGGUGACGUUGUCAUUAAAAACUCUUGUGAAAGCACAGGCCCCCCUAAAUUCUCUCAGGUAGUAAGAGCUACUUCGCUCUCUCUCUGAGUUGGAUACAUAUUGGCUUACUGCCCCCCAGCCUCAAUGUCCUCUCCAUACUACAAUAAACUGUCCAACAGCAGAACCGCUAGAGAAUUUGUCCGAUAUGUAAUGUGUGAGGGGCUCUGUGAAGUGCGAGAAGGUUUACUCUACUAGUCUUACAGUUCAGAUACAACACUGCUGCUGCAGCAGUGCUAUGCUUAUUACAGUAGCAUGUCCAGGGUUUGAAAUAAUCUGCUACAAUCACAAUAGAAAUGAUUCUAUAGGAUCAAACAAAGUCAUUUUGCUUUCCAUGCAUGAUUACAGUGGGAAGACGACCUCCACCUCCUUUUUUCCCAUUUUGGCACAUUAGAAAUAGAUUCUGAAUAGCAUUGAUCAUGUAGUACACUAUGUUUUUAGUGAGAUCUACUUAAAAUACUCCGUUCUGGAAGUGGGAUAAAAUUUAAGAGAUAACUUUAAAUAUUCAGGAAUGAUAGAUUGCUUUAAUUAUUUUAACAGUAAAACACCGUUUGGUUACCUUUGAUCACCUCACAAUGCUGAAUCUUAAAAUCCAGAAUCUGAGAAAAAUGCAGCUUUGAGCACUGGUCUUUGAUGUUAAAAAAGUCAAGAAGUUUCAUGAUAAUUGGCUUUUAAACAUCUUGAAAAACGGUGUCUGUGCUAUAUCAGUUUUAGUAAUUUACUCCCAAAAUUGAAAGACAGAGUAUUUUGAGUAGAACUCGUGCAAAAACCUGAUUUAAAAAAAAAAAAAAAAAAAUUAAAUAUAUCGUUUUGGUUCAAAUAAGUCUUCAAAAAACAUUACUGAUGAAGCUGUUUUCAUAUCAACAGUCUCUUGGGCAUAUCUGGAGGUACUGUAUGUGCAAUUGAAGGCCUUUUUUUAAAUCAUCCUCUUCACAAUCCUUCCACUGAACAGCUCGGUCAUCUGCAGUUACUGUUUGAACCUAUGCAACUACCAAGCUUCUCCCUGUAGCCGCCAGCGUGCUGUUGUAAUCGGUAAAAGCCCAGCAGGUAGUGAGAUUAGUCCUUUGAUGUGAAACAGAAGCCCCUCAUUUUCUCUGUGUUUUGCCAAAAAUGGAAGCUGUCAGUUAUCUGAAACUAUUGCGUGUUUUGAGAAGCCUCUUCUUGUCUUUAUGGCCCAAACCUGCGUCAGAGCUGUGGUAUCGUGUGCUCCUUCUAUUUUUGUGAGAUAAUUAAAGAAUUAUAAAGGGAUGGCAAAUAAAAUACAAAUGUGAAUGUCAA